AUGUCUAAUUCCACUGCAAAAGUCUCGCCGUUUACCCAAACCGUGGUUGGUGCCGUGAAGAGGCUGUAUCCAGAGGCUCUUGCAGACAAGAGUUUCGAUAAUACUGGACUCCUCUUAGAGGCACCUCUCCGGCCAGGUCACCUCAGGAAUUCCGCUCUCUUGACCAUCGACCUCACGAAAGCCGUAGCAGAUGAGGCAAUUGCAAGGAGAGAUUCUAUCAUUAUUGCAUAUCAUCCCAUUAUCUUCCGACCCUUGAAAUCCUUCACAUUGGCCAAUUCGCAGCAAAACUCUCUCCUGCGUCUGGCUCAGGAAGGUAUAAGUGUCUAUAGCCCUCAUACAGCUGUAGAUGCAGCUCCCGGGGGGCUUAACGAUUGGUUAGCGGAUAUCAUCACCGGCCAAUUCUACAGGAGUGUUCCCAGCGUUCAACCCUCGCCUCAUGAUCGCUCCUUGAUCACCCCCAUCCAACAAGCUCCCCAGGGCUUCGAGAAGGCGGGCUAUGGCCGUAUCGUACGGUUUCUGAGCCCACAGCCCCUUGGACUGCUCGUGUCACGCGUUACCCAAGGUCUGGGCGACUUGUCAGGCCUCUCGGUAGCGGUCCCCCAAUCUGUUCCGGCUGGACAGAAGUAUAAUAUCCAGAUCUCUUCUGUAGGCAUCUGUGCUGGUUCCGGAGGGUCUAUGCUGAAUGGUCUGGAUGUGGAUCUGUUAUUCACCGGUGAGCUGAGCCACCAUGAAGCGUUGGCUGCCAUUGAGCAGGGGAAAUGUGUGAUCACGGCUUUUCAUAGUAAUACGGAGAGAGAAUUCUUGAAGAGCAGGAUGAGGCCAGCACUGAUUAACGAGCUUGAGAAGAUGGUUGAGGAGAAGGAGAUUAAUGAGAUGGUGGAUCGUGAGAAGUGGGGACUGGUGGGUGGUUUCGAUAUCGCAGUUAGUGAGGCUGAUAGGGACCCCUACGAGAUUAUCACGAGCGGUCAAACCGGCUGGUAA